UGCCAGGGGAUGAGAUGGGAGAUGAGAUGGGAUGAAACCCAAGAAACUUGGUGGUUAUUUACAUUUAUGUGCUUAAGCAGUACUGUGAAAACUAUGAACUGCGUUAAAUAAUAUCUCUUUAAUUGGUAAUCUGUAUAUCCAUCAGUUCCAAUAUCUAGGUUGAUCAUUGGUGUGAUGUGAAUUCAGUUAUUGAAAAUCGAAGCAUAAGAUAUUAUAAUAAAACAUAUGAAAGGUCUCGCCCUUCAGCACAUCAACCUUAAUACACCGAGGUCUCAUCUCAGGUUGAGGUCUACAUCUAUUUACGCCUAAUGGCGUUCCGGCCGAUAUGGGCUCGAAUCAAACGUGAUCAUCAGCGCGCUGGCAGAUUCGGCUAUCGUCUAUUCGCAUUCGCAACGUGGAUUCCUGUGGUCUCCAUGUUCAACCACUAUAUCGGAGAACUGGCUUGGAUUAGCGGGCCGUCGAUGUAUCCGUUCUUAAAUGCAGAGAAGGACCAGACGACUCGGAACGAUGUAGUUGUUAAAUACAAGUUCAAUGCGCAGUACGGGCUGCGACGAGGCAUGAUUGUCAUUUUCUGGAACCCUUAUAAUCCGGAAGUCGAGGCCGUUAAGAGGAUUGUUGGGCUUGAAGGUGAUGUCAUAAGGACGCGAAGCCCGUAUCCCUCUCCUACAGUCCGCGUGCCGAUGGGGCACGUCUGGGUUGAGGGCGAUGGAGGCGAGCGUUUAAGCAGAGACAGUAAUGAUUAUGAUUCGGCAGAGUACAAUGGUGGGAUUAUGCAGGGAAUAUUAGGAAUUAAAAACAACGAUAAAACUUCCAUUUACUCAUUGCCAGUUUUCUCAGACUCCUCAGCUUUCUCAACCCUUUUGGAAGAAAGAAGCCCCUUACCUCUCAAGGAAACGAGGCUUGAAGGUGUCUAUCUAAAUAACCGUAAGAUUUAGUAACUCGGUUUUCGUUUUCCAGUCUGCCGGUAAAAGAAAGGCGAAAAAAAGAAAGAAAAAAAAAGAAUUAACUUAUCUAAGAUAAGAGAUAAGGCGCCCACAGGCCACCAACCCUCGGGCGCGAAGGCCCGUGAUAAACCGCGCGUAAACCGAAAUGGCCGAUUAGGUACAAUUUAGUACUAUUUGUACAAGGAAAUUUUCCCACCGUCUAUACUUAUUCGAAGAUUUUCAACAUUAAGUAGGUGAUCGCUCUCG